CGUACUGUAAAGGCAGACGUGUAUAUAGUAGGGACUUUUCUCGUACCGGAAAUGUUUUGAAUCGCGCUGAGAGAUCAUUAGAUGGUCAGCGGUUUAAUCGGCUUUCAUUCUGAUUCUCUGAGUUCUACAUGUCACUAAUGUCUUCAAGGAACUAUGUCCAGAGAGUUGUUGUUGAACGUCGAAGCUCCUUCGAGCUUACAAACUCCUACAGCGAUGAGUGACAACACAGAGAACAUGUCCAUCGAUCAGGACGGAGAGUGGGAUAUCAGUCUGUUUGAUGAGUUAGAAGGCCUAGGAGAUGCGGACGAGUUGCUGCAGGCUCUCUCAAACGCUGGCUAUACGGCCAGUGCUGCUGAUCUCAACUUAGACAUGGAUCUUCCUGUCUGGAGCUCUGACAUGUGGACAGACAGCAGCAGCAUGUGUACAGAUGGAGACAUUUCUACAGACUCCCUCUCUCCAGCCCACACACUCAUAUCAGUUUCCUCACCCACAUCAACAGAGGCCCAUUCUCCCUGCUCUCUACUUCAGGAUGAAGCUCUGUCUCCUCUCUCCAUCCACUCUCAGCCCUCUCCACUCUCUGUCUGCUCCGACUCCAGUGGCUCUGUUGAACCACCUCCUGCAAAGAAGCCAGUCAAGAAGACCAAUCAGAUAAAAGCUAAACCUGUUAUGAGGCCCAUUCCUCUGAGCCCUAAAGUCUCCAUUCAGCCUAAACCACUCAUCACAGCACUGCCCAUCACUCAGACUGCAGCCCUGCCGACCAAAACCAUCAUUAUCCAGCCAGUGCAGGCUACCAUAGUGCCAGUGGUCAAACCUGCACCUGUCACCAUUCAGCCGGCUCCCCCUGCAGGUCAUCCCACCCUGCUCUCUCAGCCCACCUCACUUCUGCAGCUGCAGCCUCCGCAGGUUGUUCCCGCAGCUACCCGGGUGCUCACCCUGCCCAGCAUGGCACAGGACAGGGUCACAAACCCCGCCUCCCCUGCCAUCCCCUCACCUGUCAUAGGCAUCCCUCUUCGGAACCCACCAUCAGACGAGGAUUUCAGCGUAUCCCGACGGCAGCAGCGGAUGAUAAAGAACAGAGAGUCUGCAUCUUUAUCACGGAAGAAGAAGAAAGAGUACUUGCUGACCUUGGAGGCCCGUCUGAAGGUUGCUCUGUGUGAGAACGAGAAACUGAAAAAUGAAAAUGGGACAUUAAAAAGGCAACUGGAGGGUCUGAUGAGUGAAAACACCAUUCUGAAGGCAACUGCUCCAAAGAGACGGGCCGUGUGUCUCAUGGUGGUCCUGGUUUUCUUGGCAAUCAACAUUGUGCCAAUGAGUCUUUUCAAGAGAGAUGCAGAUUCCAGGUUUGCAGCCCAUAGUCCCAGUAGCAGACAUCUGUUGGGCUUCUCGUCAAAUAUCAACAACAACAUGGAGGCCAGUGUGCAGGAUUCUCUGUCUUCUAAUAAACUGGAUGACUUGGAAUCAAUGCCAGAGGAGAAGGCCCUCAUGGUGGUUAAAAGGGAUCCUCUCUUCUUCAGAGCUCCUCCUCCUCCACCCUGCCAGCCUCCUGUAAACAGGACCAAGUGCAUAAAGAUGGCCAGUGAACUGAGGGGAUGGGUCCACCGCCAUGAGACAGAGCGCACCAAGAGCCAGCGUAACAGCAGCACCCACUCCAGAGCCAGAACCAUCACGAAAAUGGGCAGUAAGAAGGCAGAAGUCCCACAGAUCGUGACUGUGCAGUAUCCUGACUCUAAUGAUAAGCAUUCAGGCAAUGAGCUGCAGGUCUACUAUGCCCCUCACCACACAUACGGCAAUUUUUUUGAUGAGCUGAACCGAAGAGGAGACACCUUCUAUGUGAUCUCUUUCCGCAGAGAUCACCUUCUUCUUCCUGCCACCAACCACAACAGAGGAAGCAGACCAAAGAUGUCAGUUGUGCUCCCAGCAAUGAAUAUCAAUGAAAGUGUGAUAAAGGACAAGGAGUUUGAGGUGAUGAUGCAGAUCGACUGUGAGGUCAUGGACACUCGCAUCCUUCACAUCAAGUCCUCCAGUAUCCCACCAAUCCUGCGAGUCAAUGAAAGUGAUGCUGAAUCCUUCUACCACUCUGCCCCAAGCAACAAUCCCGCUUCACCCACAGUUGGAGUCCUCGUGGGAUCUGCUUGACUUUUUUUGUCUGUAAGAAUUUUUGACAUUGGGUUAUCCAUUAUUACCCUUUUUUAUUGGACACAUUUUAUCUAUUUGUUCUGUGUCAGAAGUUGGAGUGUGAGUCUUUGGAAGAAUUAGAGAAAACCACUUUGAAAACAGCAUGGGCCCAGUACUGAACCCUGAGGAACACCAGCUCACAUAUUUCACUUGCACCAAAUUCUUAAGUUGUAACUGUUAAAGCUCUCAGGAAACUAUAUCUAGUUUGUGAUAAGUCUAGUCUGAUUUGAAUUCAUGUUUGUUUUGUAUUGUAUCUCUGUACGUUUUGGCUUAUACUGAUUUAAUUUUACCUUUGGCUUGAGAUAAUUUGAAUAUUUGUAGGAGUGUCCUAAUGAAGUUUAUUGCUAAGCUUCCAGCUUGGUAUAUAUACAGGCUCAUUUUCAUUUUAUGUUCUUUAAUUUUAUGACUAAAAAUAUAUAUUUAUAAAAAUUGUAGAUGUGUUUUUUUUUUAAAGAAAAA